AUGGACAAUCAGCAGAACGGCUCUGCUCCGAAGGCCACCAACAGCCAUGCGGAGGAGGCGGGGGCCAGCACCACCACGCCUAACACCGCACAGCCGCCCGAUGCGGUGCGUGAGGACGGUGACGCAUCGCCCACCGACGAGGGCCCGGCAAUGCCACCGGUCGUCAUCGACCCCACGAAGGACUUGUGGCAGAAUAUUGCACUCAACACGAAGGAGAACCACGUUACACAGACAGAGGUACACAUGUUGGUCGUCGGAUCUCCGGGUGGUGGGAAGACAACCGUGCUGCAGCGCCUCUUCGCUGCGAUCAACACCUCCAGCAAUGCCCCUGGUAAAACGACCCUCAAGGUAAAACCUACAACCGCACUCGAUUACACCUUCGCCCGGCGCAAUGACCGCCACAUCUCGCAGGUGGCGCACUUCUGGGAGCUGGCGCAGGGCAUGGAGCUCUCACAACUCUGCGACGUGGUCAUUACCCCCGAGAACGUACACACCAUGAUGUUGACAAUUGUGGUCGACUGCGGCGACCCAUCCACCAUGUGGGAGACGACGGCGUACUGGCUGAAGCGCAUCGAUCGUCGCGUGAUGGAGAUUACACAAAAGAUGCGUGCCAAGGGUUCGGCAACGCCUGACAAGCUCCAGGCCCGGGCCAAGCGCACAAUUGGGGAGACGCACCCGGACCUCGGCCGGCUCCGUCUCUCUGGCGUGCCCACCAUCGUCGUCUGCAACAAAUUAGACGCCUUCGCAGGGGAUAUGACACAACUGAAGGCGAUGGUCCGCUGCAUGCGCUACAUUGUGCACAUGUACGGUGCGUAUUUGGUUUUCACCAGCGAAAAUGACACAACGAAGUUGCGGUCCUUGAUGAGCCACAUCAUCUUCCUCGCACCAUUAGACUCGAGACAUAUAGAGUUGGAUCCCGAACGCGGCGCCGUUCUCGUCGUUCCGGAUGCCGACACAUUUGCUGACAUUGGCGAUCCAAUGGUGCACGACAUGGGUGACUUUCGCUCCACCGGCGACGUUGAGCUCGACCGCUGGAAGGCGCCCUUUGACGCCAUGUUCCCCCCGAAAAGGUCGGAGGGCCGGAUGCAAAACGACUCAUUCCUCAAGAAACUGUACGACACCGGUGACGGCGGCUUCGGGGAGCCCACGAUCGACGCCAUGCGAAAGCAGAAGGACGAGGAGCUUGAGCAGCACAGAAAGGGUGCCCUUAAAGGAGAGAAGGUUGGCAAGGAGGAAAAGGGUAAAGCAAGGGAAAAGAAGGAGAAAGCCUGA